GUAAUGAGCAGUCGCAGGUUGGGAUCAGGCAGAAGCGUAGUGGAGAACAAGCCAAAGUCGGUAAGGAGCAGUCGCAGGUUGGGAUCAGGCAGAAGCAUAGUCGAGAACAAGCCAAGGUCGGUAAUGAGCAGUCGCAGGUUGGGAUCAGGCAGAAGCGUAGUCGAGAACAAGCCAAGGUCGGUAAGGAACAGUCUCAGGUUGGAAUCAGGCAGAAGCGUAGUCGAGAACAAGCCAAGGUCAGUAAGGAGCAGUCGCAGGUUGGGAUCAGGCAGAAGCGUAUACUGGCUGGAGAGCACAAUAAUCUGGCAAACAGGAAGUGCAGAGACAUGGCUUAUAUCAGGAAGUUCAUGGGAGGAGCAAGGGUUUCAAGGUUCAUGACAAACAAGGUCAAGGUAGGAUCAUCCAAAUAAUUGUCAAGGGAGGUGUCCAGCAUUCUAGGUGGCUCAGCAAGAAGAA